AUGGACUCCUCCGAAGCAGACCACAUCGCCGAACGCGCCGAGGAGGACGUCAACACGUACCAGGCUAAGCAGGGAAUCGGCCGCAAGAGCGAUUCGACCCUCGAAUCCGGGGUCGACGAGAUGGUUGAGCGCAAGUUCCCACAAGCCGGCGAAGUGCGAUAUGGUCGCGUAGCUCUCCCCACUGGCAGCGACCGCAAGCCGAUUCCUGAGGAGGAGGGGGGUGUGAGGGAUGCUCGAGGACGACUCGCCCCGGCGAAACUCUUCGAAGGCCCAGGCGGACCCGAGGACAAGGUUUAUCGCGAAUAA